AAUCUUUUACGUCAGCCUCUGGAACUGGUGCGACGCUGUGAUGGACGGAUUUCGUAUCCAAUCAGAAUGUUGUAUCGGGCUGUGCGCAUGGUAGCUGGAAAGAACAUGAGAAGGCGGAAUCAGAGUGAAACUCUCGAAAAUUCUGGCCAAUCGGACCGAAGUGGCGGUUAGAUGGACGUGCAAGUUGACCAUUCGCAAGCGUCGAUCGUCCUACGGUUGCGCGGAGAAGAGCUGUUUGGGGGCGGGGGGAGAAAAAACUUUUAAAGACUAACGUUUGGCAGCCGGGUGGUUCAGAGGGAAAUCUCCGAUGUUUGGUUCCCGAAGACCAUGGACGCCACACAACAAUUGAUCUGGGUCCCGGAGGAGCAGGAUGAAGAGCAGAGUAGCUCCGAUCGUGAGCCCCGGGGCCGACUGAGGAUAUUUGCAGGCAGCCAGCGAGCUGAGACUGAUUUUAUGGUUUACUCGGGUACGAAUGUGAUCGGCCGACAUGAAAGCUGCCACAUCUGCAUCCCGGUGCAGUCUGUUUCCAAGAAGCACGCCGUGAUUGAAAUUGAAGGGGAUUCCCACCUGAUUCAUGACUGCAAAAGCCUGAACAGCACCCGGCGUAAGAGCGCCAUUCUGAAACCCUUCAUCCGCUACCAGAUCAACGACGGGGACCUCUUCCUGUUCGGGGAUGUCGCCUGCCAGUAUGUGAUGCUGCCUUCUGCUGCCCAAGUUCUAGACUCUGACUCUGAGACGGACUCGGAAUCCAUGCUGCCCCAGACGAGGGCGUGUGCAGGAGAUGACCGGUGGGGAGAGCUGUCGGAGAGUGACCCUGUCCCUGAGGCAGCCAGCAGCGGUCAGGAAUCGGCGGACGAUUCGCUCGUGCUGUCACCCACCCAGUCGUACGGGCACAAGUUGCCGAUGCGGGUGGUGCAGUCUGAUGUCUACGUGAAGGAUUCUGAGGAUGACGACACACCGUGGAAGGAGGCUGGAUCUUUCUCUUCCAGAACUGCCCAAGAACCAAACAUUUCAGUACAUCAAGCUCCUUCGUCUGACGUUGUUCCUGAAAGCGACGACGAAGCAGAAAGCACACCCCAUUCCAACGUUCGGCCAUCGCAGCUGCAUUAUGACAGUGACACCGACUUGGACGACGACCAGCGAUCUGGUGAAGAACAGGCAGAGCACAGCUCCAAGCAACUGGCUAAUGAGAACAACCCACGAUCUGUGGUAGGGCAAGACUCAGUGCCAGUGACCAGUGAUGCCAUGCUCAAUAACUUAAGUGCCUCCAAUGAAAUGGCCGGGAAUGAACCAGGCAAAGCAGUUGACCAAGAUGUAGGGGUGGUCUCUUCCCAGGGCCUCAUCACCUCCCCCUCUGCGGACAUCCAACCUUGUUUGAACGCCAGCAAGGAGGAGCUGAAGGAGGACAUUGUAGUUGACAAUGUCUUCUCCAGAGGGUCCACCAAAAAGGAUUCCAGCCUUCUCAAUGGUCCUGACACCCGAGAGCUCGCCAACAGCUCCAUCACACCAGAGGAGCAGGUGGAAAGGCGUGAAGCGGAUUACUGUUCAAGCAGCAGUCCACGUGCACGGGAAGAAACCAAAGAGACAGUGGGUGACGUGGAGGAGGUGGAUGGCGUGGAAGCAGGCGUUGAUGAUGAUACAAGCGAGUUUUAUGCUGUGCAACCAACUCAGUGUUUUGUCCUGAUGGUUCCAAACACACAGGAUGAAACACCAGAAAAAGAGAACCCUGUGACUGAUGCUGCCAACACGGAGGAAGAGGCCACUCAGGUGUACACCAGUGACUGUCCAAGCUUCAACCAAGAACCUCAAGGUGGUAACCCUGCGACAGCGCCAGACAACACAGAGGAAGAGGGCACGCAGUUAUUUACUUUCCGGUCUCCGACUUUCAGCAAGGGCCAUGCCAAAAGUGACCCUGUGACAGAGCAGAGCCUGGAGGAAGACUCAUCUCUCCACUCGCCCCCAUUCAGCCUUCAGCCUCCAGUUUUCAGCAAGGAGCCUUUGCAAAGCGCCCCUACUUCUGCUUCCGAUCGUGGGAAAGAACUCAGUCAGGGAGAAGGUGGCCGAGGAGCAGCGAGUGAUAGUCAGCAAGUGCAGGAGGAGAGUGACACGGUGCUGCUGGUGACCGAGGCUGCUGACGCUGGUGCAUCAUCGCAGGAGUGUCCAGCGGGACCCCAGGAGCAAGAGCGAAGGGGACCCGAGGAUGAGGAGUGCUGGGCCAUUGAGGAGACCCAGCGGUUUUUCACCCACGAGAGAGCUGUGGAGGAGGAGAAGGAGCAAGUGGAGGAGCCAGAAGAAACCCUCACACCUCCGCAGGAGCGACCUCCCGCCUUGUGUGCCGGGGAUCGCCCAACCCUCGGGCCAGCAGACAGCCCACCGGGAACCGGGGCAGGGGGCAGCAUAGAGCCACCGGCAGCAGAGCUUGAGGGUAGUGGGGAGGCAGAGCACGGCAGGCAAGAGGAAGAGGAGCCUCGGAUCUCACCAGAGCACGGAGGCCAGGGGGAAGCAGCCAAUGCCAAACCUGAGGAAAGCACCCAGGCCACACCAGCGGUGGGCCAGGCCGGCGGGAGACGCAGCAGGGCGAAGCCAAGAGCCGCAGACCGUAAGGCCGGUGGCAAGCGUCGGAAGGAGCAGCCCAUCACCGGUGAACAGAGCUCGGAGAAUGACAAGGAAACAAGCCAGGGAGCCAUCGAGAACGGCCCACAACUGAGCACUGAGGAGGCGGCUGGAACGCCACUGGCCAAAGGGACACCAGCCAGGCCGAGGAGAGGCAAGGGCAGGCAGAAGACCUCCUCUCAAUCCGCCACCGAUGAGCAACCUUGCCCCCCGGAUGAGAGCCCCUGCAGUCCCCCUCAGCGUAAGGGCAGGUGGCGGUCAGUGGCUGCCCCGCGGGAAGUCACCCAGCCAGCUGAGAGCCCACCAGAGCCACAGCACACCACCAGAGGCAAGAGGACACGGAGUACGCAGCAGACAGAGUUGCCCUCAGGCCGUUCGCGGCGCUCGAAGGCAGCGAGUCAAGUCGACAGUGAGAAAGAAGCUGACACACCGCCGCAGACCAAAGCCCGCCGGCAGAAACCUCAGCCCUCCCCGUCAUCGUCCUCAGUCCCCGUCGCUGAGAAUGUCACUCUGCCCAAGAGUACGCAGCAGACAGAGUUGCCCUCAGGCCGUUCGCGGCGCUCGAAGGCGGCGAGUCAAGUCAACAGUGAGAAAGAAGCUGACACACCGCUGCAGACCAAAGCCCGCCGGCAGAAAUCUCAGCCCUCCCCGUCAUCGUCCUCGGUCCCCGUCGCUGAGAAUGUCACUCUGCCCAAGAGUACGCAGCAGACAGAGUUGCCCUCAGGCCGUUCACGGCGCUCGAGGGCGGCGAGUCAAGUCAACAGUGAGAAAGAAGCUGACACACCGCCGCAGAUCAAAACCCGCCGGCAGAAAUCUCAGCCCUCCCCUUCAUCGUCCUUGGCCCCCGUUGCGGAGAAUGUCACUCUGCCCAAGGUCAUGUUCACCGGACUGGUGGAUGAGGACGGGAUGAAGGUGAUCACACGGCUCGGGGGCGAGGUUGUGGAGUGCGUCCACAGUAGCACUCACCUGGUCACAGACCGAAUCCGCCGCACAGUCAAGUUCAUGUGUGCCGUUGCCAGGGGCAUCCCUGUGGUCACGCCGGAUUGGCUGAAGAAGAGUGGGGUGAACAGCUAUUUCCUGUCACAUCGCAGCUUCCUGCUGGAUGACCGUGACCAGGAGCAGAACUUCAACUUCAAGCUCAAGGACGCCCUUCAGAAAGCCAAGAAGCAGCCGCUGCUGCAGGAAUACCAGAUCCACGUGACAGCGGGGGUGCAGCCCAAUCCCAGCCAGAUGGCGGCCAUUCUGCAGUGCAGCGGGGCGACCGUGCUGCCCAAGAUGCCGAGAGCGUAUAAGGAGAAAAUGCUGGUGAUUUCGUGCCCCGCGGACCUCGCCAAGUGCAAAGCUGCCCGGGAUGCUGGGAUCCCCGUGGUCAAUGCGGAGUUCAUCUUGACGGGGAUUCUCCAGCAGACAGUGGACGUGGCGAAGUAUCGUCUGGAUGUGGAAGAUGCCUUCGACAGCAAGCCGGAGGGCAGAGGCAGGAAACGGAGUUCUCCCAUCGAAAGCAAGCCGGAAGGGAGAGGGAGCAAACCGGGUUCUACCACGGCAGCAGCAACACAACCAGCCGCAGCUAAGAAGAGAAAGAAGCGGUGACUGUUCAGGUAUCGGACUUUCAAUAACACUGUAAAUCCAUGAUAUUAUUUAAAAAAAGACAAAAUUUGAUGUACUUUUCCAAUAAAAAUUAAUGA